AUGGAUAAAUUUUUAACUAAACGACCGUUAAAUAGUGAUGAUGAAAGUGUUAUAGAAACUGAAAGGUAUCAGAAAUGUCAAAGAUUAGCUUCAGAAAGUAUGAAGCCAUCAAAGCUAAAACGACAUUUAGUAACUAAACAUCCUCAAUUCCAACAUAAAGAGGAAGACUUUUUUAAAAAGUAUGAAAAUUCGAUAAAAGUUCAAAAAAAUACUAUGCAUAAUUUUACUUCAGUACCUAUAAAAGCUCUAGCUGCGUCAUUAAAGGCUUCAUAUUUAAUUGCAAAAACCAAAAAACCACACUCUAUUGGUGAAUCCCUCGUUUUGCCAGCCGCUAUAAAAAUAGUAUCAAUUAUGCAUGACUUUUUAUUUUGUCAACCAUUAGAAGGACGUACAACUGAAAAUGAUAUUUUUGUUCUUAUAAACAAUUUUUUAGAAAUUAAUGAAAUUCCCUGGUCAAUGUGUGUGUCAAUAUGCAUUGACGGCGCAGCUGCCCUUACUGGUUCAAAAAAAGGUUUUAAAGCUAAAGUUCUAGAAGUGUCUUCAAAUAUAAAGUUUAACCAUUGUAUGAUUCAUAGAGAAGCUUUAGCUUCUAAAAAACUUCAACCAGAUGUUAACAAAGUACUCCUUAAUGCUAUAAAUGUAAUAAAUUUCAUAAAAUCAAAGUCAUUAAAUUCCAGAAUUUUUACUAUACUUUGCAAUGAAAUGGGUUCUGACCAUGAAAAAUUGCUUCUUCAUACUGAAGUAAGGUGGUUGUCUCGUGGUAAAAUAUUAUCACACCUUUUUGAACUCAGAGAUGAAGCACGAAUUUUUCUUCUGGAACGUAAUAAUACACUUUCAGAACAUUUUUUAGACGAGCAAUGGCUUGCAAUUCUGGGUUAUCUUGCAGAUAUAUUUGAAAAACUAAAUUGUCUAAAUUUAAGCUUACAAGGGAGAAAUUUAAAAAUAAGCGAAGAACUUAUUGACUUGUCAUCAGAUGAAAAUCUACGUAUCAGAUUUCAAGAAAAUACAUGUGAUACAUUUUGGAUUUCCAUCAAAUCUGAAUAUCCAGAAUUAUCAAAACAAACAAUAUCAAUUUUACUUUCUUUUGCAUCAACUUAUUUAUGCGAAACAGCAUUUUCAACACUAACGAUAAUUAAAAACAAAUAUCGCUCCAGAUUAAAUGUUGAAGCUGAUUUAUGA